AUGAGCUUCGGAAGCUUGAAGAAGAAGUUUUUGGUAAUGAUAUUGAACAUCAACUGUCGGACAGGGAAAGUAGUAGUAACGCUCGUGAACCAGAUAAAACCCAGUCCAGCAACCUUCAACCCAAUCGACAGAAGCAGUUUAAGUCAGCGCUUGGCGAUACCUCCUACCGGAAAUUGUGUACCCCAAGAAAGUAUAAUAACCAGUGGAACUGGAUGUCAAACUCAGCAAAGCUUGCAACGAGACAAUUCGUCGCAGUUACAAUAUCUAUUAGAGAAGCAGCAGAUUACGAUGGACGAAGUAGUGAAGGGAUUAAGAAUGCCUCAAAGGGAAUACAUGAGUUUUGAUGGCGAACCUCGCAACUUUCCGUUGUUCAUGAAGAAUUUUGAAGUGAAUGUCGAGAGUAAAGAAAGUAAUGAUGCAGAUCGACUGAAUUACCUUAUUCAGUAUUGUAAAGGAACAGCAAGACAAGCGAUAGAGCAUUGCAUCAUUAUGCCUCCGGAUCAAGGAUACAAGCGUGCUAAGGAAAUCCUGAGAAAAAACUUUGGUCGAAAUCACAUCGUAACCCAAGCAUUCCUUGAGAAAGUCUUGAAUGGACCGCCAAUUAGAGUAAACGAAGCCGAGAAAUUGUCGCAGCUAGCAAGAGAUAUGGAAACGUGUCUCCUUGGUUCUAUUCAGUUAGGAAAUCGGGCAAGUAUCAAUUCGAUGGACACUCUGGGAAGGGUAGUUAGCCGCCUUCCAAUGCAUCUCAAGUCAAAAUGGGCUGAUAAAGCAAGCCAUAUGUACGACAAUCACAUCACACCAGAUUUCUCUCAUUUAACUGAAUUCAUACAAUCCCGCGCAGCCGUGGCUAGUACGUACUUUGGUCAAAUGAUUACCUCGAAAAAUGAAACCCGAAAGGAUGGAACUGACAGAUUGAAGAAGAAAUCCUUCUUGUUUAGUGGGAAUAGCACAAACUUAGCAACUCACAGCCAGAGAAUAUUUGACAGUAGUGAAUCAAAGGGAAGAAAUUUAUCCUGCGUACUAUGCAAAGGCACACACCAUCUUGAACGCUGUCACAAGUUCAGGGCUCAAAAUCUUCAGCAACGACAAGACCUAGUAAAGACGCACAAAGUUUGUCAUGCUUGCUUGAGCCCAGGACAUUUCGUGAAAGACUGCAGAGGUGCCCGCAUAUGCGGUGUUGAAGGUUGUCAGAGAAGGCACCAUCCUUUGUUACACUCAUCCGAAAUAAAGGCUAAGGAUUCUAAAUCAAGUGAAAGGAGUAAUUCAAAUCCUGAACCAUCUGAAAGCGACAGCCAAUCCAAAGCACUCCCAACGUCUGGAGUUGGCGCGACAAAUUCAUCAUAUAGCAGUUGUCGUAUAGGUUUGCAAGUUAUUCCAGUUAAGGUCAGCGCACCCUAUGGUAGUCGUGUGAUAGAAACUUAUGCGUUCUUAGACAGUGGCUCCAACACAACCAUGUGCUUAACCAGUUUAGCUGAAGAUCUUGGAGCCGAUUGCUCACCCAUCGAAUUCACGUUAGCGACUGUUUCAGGCAGCCACAAAAGUAAGGGUCAACAGUUAUCUCUCGAUGUGGUUGGAGUAUCCACGGGCAAAGGUGUCAGACUAGAUAAAGUUUGGACGACCAACACUCUUCCUGUUGCUCUAGAAAGUAUUCCCACGAACACUGAUGUAAGGUGGUCUCACCUUAAAGGCGUUAAUCUAACCGAUUUAGUGGAUAAGAAAGUCACUAUCCUUAUUGGAAGUGACGUUCCCGAAGCUCUUUGCCCCUUGAAGUGCGUUCUGGAAAAGAAAUCAACCCUACGCAAUACGGACAAUCCUCGGUUGGACGGUGAUGGGACCUCUGAAGGAAAACCUUAUCAAGAAGCUCAGAUGAACUUCAUUCAUGUUGAUCAAGCUCUUGGGUGUAUGGAAAGGGAAGAUGGUAUGAGUUCCAUUCGUCAGCAAUUGCAAAAUCUCUACAAUUCAGAGUUUAGCGAGUCGGCUGCUGACGUUAAAGAAUGUCUGUCGGUCGAGGAUCGUCGCGCAAAGGCAAUAAUGGAUAGAACUGUCAAGCUAGAAAAUCAUCAAUAUGAAAUUGGUCUUCCUUGGAAAUACGAUGACCCACUCCUCCCGUACAAUAAGUCUAUGGCUGAAAGGAGACUUGCUUAUUUGAAGAAACGACUUGAGAGGGACCCCAUACUUCACGCAAAUUAUAAGGCAACGAUGAAGGAAUACAUCUCAAAAGGGCACGCUAAAGUAGUUCAAGUGGAUAAACAAAAUACACAGGACGAGUCACUCAAAAAACUGGUUUGGUAUCUGCCUCAUCACCCUGUGACACACCCGCAAAAACCAGAAAAGACAAGAAUCGUUUUUGACUGUGCUGCGAAGUUCCACAACGCAUCCCUAAAUAAUCAGCUUCUUCAAGGACCAGAUUAUACCAAUUCAUUAGUUGGUGUAUUGUUGCGGUUCAGGCAGGAAAAGAUAGCGGUAAUGGCAGAUAUUGAGAAGAUGUUCCAUCAGGUGAAGGUUAAGCCAGAAGACUGUAAUGCACUGAGAUUUCUAUGGUGGCCAGAGGAGAUCUAUCCAAAGAACCAGUAG